CCUACCCGGCCCAGGGUUGCCUUGGCGACGCGUGCAGGCGCGGGGCUCAGAGGGCCACGCGGGGCAACUUCUUAGCUGGUGUGGCCCUUCGGUCGGCCAAGGGAGGAGAGGGUCGGCUUGUGAGGUUUUUAGGAGAGGCUCCCGCGGUAUUCCCAGUAACAGAAUAAGUACCAGGCUAGCAAGACUGAGCCUGCUGGGGCCUGCAGUGUGGGAUCAUGGGGCGAGCCCCUGGGUGAACACUCCGGAGGCUUCAGUGUGAGGUUUUACCUGCACAAUGUCAAGCAAAGCUGAGAAAAAGCGGAAAGUGACCGGUCGGGUGGGCUCCCGGCCACCCAGGGAGGUGCGAGCUGCUCAGUCCACCCUGGACCCACAGGCUACUGAGAGCACUGUAUCUGCCACUGAGCCUGAGUCUGAGCCUGAGCUGCCCAAGGAGGAGACUGAGCCAGCCUUGGUGGAACCUGAAGUACCGAAGGAGGAACUGGAGGAACUUGAGGUGGACGUGAAGCCCCUCUUCCUUUCCCGAGCUGUGCUGACAGGCCUGGCAGACGCUGUAUGGACAGAGGAGCAUGAUGCCGUUCUGAAACGCUUUGCCCAGGAGCCCCUGGAGUCCAUCCUCACCAUCUUCAUUGACCCCUGCUUCGGGCUGAAGCUGGAACUGGGCAUGCCUAUACAGACCCAGAACCAGCUGGUCUACUUCAUUCGACAAGCACAAGUCCCCAUCACCCCAGAGAACUUCGAGGCGACAGUGCAGUUUGGGACAGUCCGGGGCGCCUACAUCCCAGCCCUGCUUCGGCUGCUCAGUGGUAUCUAUGCUCCUCAGAUCUUUACAAAUACAACUUGGCCGGAGAGCAUUAGGAAUCAUUUUACUUCACAUCUGCACAAGUUCUUGGCCUGCCUGACAGACACACGCUACAAACUGGAGGGGCACACUGUUCUCUACAUCCCUGCCGAGACUGAGAACAUGAAGCCCGAGGUGGUAGUAAAGGACAAAGAGCUGGUGCAGCGGCUAGAAACCUCCAUGAUCCACUGGACCCGGCAGAUAAAGGAGGUGCUCAGUGCCCAGGAGACUGUGGAGACAGGGGAAAGUUUAGGUCCUUUGGAGGAGAUUGAGUUCUGGCGCAACCGCUGCAUGGACCUGUCUGGCAUCAGCAAGCAGCUGGUGAAGAAGGGAGUGAAGCAUAUCGAGAACAUCUUGCGCCUCGCCAAGUCGUCCUAUCUGCUGCCCUUUAUGAAACUGGCCCAGCAGAUCCAGGAUGGCUCUCAGCAAGCGCAGUCGAACCUGACCUUCCUGUCAAUCCUGAAGGAACCUUACCAGGAACUGGCUUUCAUGCGCCCUAAGGACAUCUCCAGCAAGCUCCCCAAGCUGAUCAGCCUCAUCCGCAUUAUCUGGGUCAACUCUCCCUACUACAACACUAGGGAGAGGCUGACCUCCCUCUUCCGAAAGAUGAGCAACGAGAUUAUCCGCUUAUGCUGUCAUGCCAUCUCCCUGGACCGCAUCUUUGAGGGCUACGUCUCUUCUAGCAAGGAGGACCUCCAAGGCUGCAUUUCCUGUUGCCACGCCUGGAAAGAUCACUAUCUGCGGGCUGUGCAGAUUCAUACUCAGUUUUCCAGUCGGGGCUGGGUCCUAGACCAGACCAGCAUAUUUGCUCAGGUUGAUGCUUUUGUGCAGCGCUGCAAGGACCUGAUUGAGGUAUGCGACUGUCAGUACCACUUUGCCCGUUGGGAAGAUGGCAAGCAAGGUCCCCUUCCUUGCUUCUUUGGUGCCCAGGGGCCACAGAUCACACGAAACUUGCUAGAAAUUGAGGAUAUCUUUCAUAAAAAUUUGCACAUUCUGCGAGCUGUCCGCGGGGGCAUCCUGGAUGUCAAGAACACCUCUUGGCACGAAGACUAUAAUAAAUUCCGCACAGGAGUCAAGGACCUGGAAGUGAUGACCCAGAACUUGAUCACCUCAGCCUUUGAGUUAGUCCGCGACGUGGAGCAUGGGGUGCUGCUACUGGACACCUUCCACAGGCUCGCCACCCGGGAGGCCAUCAAGCGAACAUAUGACAAGAAGGCAGUUGAUCUGUACAUGCUGUUCAACAGUGAAUUGGCCCUUGUGAAUCGUGAGCUAAACAAGAAGUGGCCCUACCUGGAGCCCUACAUGGCGCAGUAUUCGGGACAGGCACACUGGAUGAGGAUCCUCCGGCGACGCAUCGACAGAGUCAUGGAUUGCCUUUCCGGGGCCCAUUUCCUGCCCCACAUUGGGACUGGAGAGGAGAGUGUGCACACCUACCAGCAGAUGCUGCAGGCCAUUGAUGAAAUGGUUCGAAAAACCUUCCAAGAAUGGACCUCCACUCUGGACAAAGACUGCAUUCGGCGGCUGGACAUCCCCUUGUUACGAAUCAGCCAGGAGAAGGCGGGCAUGCUGGAUGUCAACUUCGACAAGUCCCUUUUGGUUCUCUUCGUGGAGAUUGACUACUGGGAACGGCUGCUAUUUGAGAUUCCCCAUUAUGUGGUGAACGUAGCUGAGCGAGCUGAGGAUUUGCGCAUCCUGAGGGAGAAUCUGCUGCUUGUUGCUCGAGACUACAACAGGAUUAUUGGCAUGCUGUCCCCAGAUGAACAGGCCCUAUUCAAAGAGCGUAUCCGAUUCCUGGAUAAGAAGAUCCAUCCUGGCCUCAAGAAGCUGAAUUGGGCCUUGAAGGGGGCCAGCGCCUUCUUCAUCACAGAGUGCCGCAUACAUGCCAGCAAGGUGCAGAUGAUUGUGAACGAUUUCAAGGCCUCCACUCUGACCAUUGGCUGGCGGGCCCAGGAGAUGUCAGAAACACUGCUGGUUCGCAUUAGCGGCAAACGGGUGUACAGGGACCUGGAGUUUGAGGAAGACCAAAGAGAACAUCGGGAAGCUGUACAGCAGAAGUUGAUGAAACUACACCAGGAUGUGGUAAACAUCCUGACCAACUCCUACGAAGUCUUCAAGAAUGAUGGCCCUGAGAUUCAGCAGCAGUGGAUGCUGUACACGAUUCGCCUGGAUCACAUGAUGGAGGACGCCUUGCGCCUGAAUGUGAAGUGGUCACUGCUGGAACUGUCCAAGGCCAUCAACGGGGAUGGGAAGACUACUCCAAACCCACUUUUCCGAGUUCUUGUCAUUUUGCAGACCGAUGUUCAGGGAGGUGGGGCUCAGGUGGAAUUCUCACCCACCCAGCAGACUCUGGCAGGUGUGGUCAAUGACAUUGGCAGUCACCUUAUUUCUACCAUCUCUGUCUUCCGCCAUCUUCCUGAUAUCCUUAUCAAGCGCAAGGUGCAGCGGGAGCCCAUCCAUACAAUUGUGGAGCGAGAUGAGGACAUCAAGAAGAUCCAGGCCCAGAUCAGCAGCGGCAUGACCAACAAUGCAAGCCUGCUGCAGAACUACCUCAAGACCUGGGACAUGUACCGGGAAAUCUGGGAGAUCAACAAGGACUCCUUCAUCCGUCGCUAUCAGCGCCUCAACCCCCCUGUCUCUUCUUUUGAUGCUGACAUUGCCCGCUAUACAGAGGUGGCUAACAAUGUGCAGAAGGAAGAGACGGUCCUCAACAUCCAGUUUGUGCUGCUGGAUUGUUCGCACCUCAAAUUCUCCCUGGUGCAGCACUGCAAUGAGUGGCAGAACAAGUUCACAACUCUGCUCAAGGAGAUGGCAGCGAAGCACCUGCUGGAGCUGCACAACUACCUGAAGGAGAACGGAGAGAAAAUCAGCCGCCCUCCCCAGACACUGGAGGAACUGGGGGUCAGUUUGCAGCUUAUGGAUACCCUUCAGCAUGAUUUGCCCAAUAUGGAGACCCAGAUCCCUCCCAUCCAUGAACAGUUCACCAUUCUGGAGAAGUAUGAAGUUCCAGUUCCGGACGAGGUACUGGAAAUGCUGGACAGACUCAAUGGGGAGUGGGUCACCUUCCAACAAAUUCUGCUGGACAGUGAACAAAUGCUGAAGAAACACAAAGAGAAAUUCAAGACAGGCCUUAUUGUCUCUGCUGAUGACUUUAAGAAGAAAGCGCACAACCUGCUGGAAGAUUUUGAAUCAAAAGGCCCCUUCAUCAGCACCGUGGGCCACGCCGCCGCCCUGGAUCAGAUCGCGCAGAUGCGGGCCAUGCUGAUGGCUCUGCGGGAGGAAGAGAACACUCUCCGCUCCAACCUGGGCAUCUUCAAGAUCGAGCAGCCGGCCUCCAAAGAUCUCCAGAACCUGGAGAAGGAGCUCGAUGCGUUGCAGCAAGUAUGGGAGAUCACUCGGGACUGGGAGGAGAACUGGAACCAGUGGAAGACAGGGCGCUUCCUGACUCUGCAGACGGAGGCCAUGGAGACCAUGGCGCACGGGCUGUUUCGUCGCCUCACAAGACUAGCCAAAGAGUAUAAGGACCGAAACUGGGAAAUUAUUGAAACCACUCGAUCCAAAAUAGAGCAGUUCAAGAGAACCAUGCCUCUCAUCUCAGACCUGCGGAACCCUGCCCUCAGGGAGAGGCACUGGGACCAGGUCAGGGAUGAAAUCCAGCGGGAAUUUGAUCAGGAAUCUGAAAGCUUUACCUUGGAGCAGAUUGUGGAGCUUGGAAUGGAUCAGCAUGUAGAGAAAAUUGGAGAGAUCUCUGCCUCAGCAACCAAAGAGCUGGCUAUAGAAGUGGCAUUACAGAACAUUGCCAAGACCUGGGAUGUGACUCAGCUAGACAUAGUACCCUACAAAGAUAAGGGCCAUCACCGGCUAAGAGGUACAGAAGAGAUAUUCCAGGCAUUGGAAGAUAACCAGGUAGCUCUGUCGACCAUGAAGGCAUCACGCUUUGUCAAGGCCUUUGAGAAGGAUGUGGACCACUGGGAACGCUGUCUCUCCCUCAUUUUGGAGGUUAUUGAGAUGGUGCUCACCGUGCAGCGUCAGUGGAUGUACCUGGAGAAUAUCUUUCUAGGAGAGGACAUCCGCAAACAGCUACCCAAUGAGUCAGCCUUAUUUGACCAGGUCAACAAUAACUGGAAAGCCAUUAUGGACCGAAUGAAUAAGAACAACAAUGCCCUCCAGAGCACCCACUACCCAGGCCUUUUGGAUACAUUGAUAGAAAUGAACACAAUCUUGGAAGAUAUUCAAAAGUCUCUGGAUAUGUAUUUAGAGACCAAGCGGCACAUUUUCCCCCGUUUCUACUUCUUGUCCAAUGAUGACCUGCUGGAGAUUCUGGGCCAGUCCCGCAACCCAGAGGCUGUGCAGCCACAUCUCAAAAAGUGCUUUGACAACAUCAAAUUGCUGAGAAUCCAGAAGAUGGGGGGUCCCAGCAGCAAGUGGGAAGCUGUGGGGAUGUUCUCGGGCGAUGGCGAGUACAUUGACUUCCUCCACCCGGUGCUCUUAGAAGGGCCUGUGGAGUCCUGGCUUGGGGACGUGGAACGGACCAUGAGGGUAACCCUGAGGGACCUUCUCCGGAACUGCCGCCUGGCUCUCAAGAAGUUCCUUAACAAGAGGGACAAGUGGGUGAAGGAGUGGGCUGGCCAGAUGGUGAUCACAACCAGUCAGAUCCAGUGGACGGCUGAUGUAACCAAGUGCCUGUUGACAGCUAAGGAGCGGGCUGACAAGAAAAUCCUCAAGGUCAUGAAGAAGAAGCAGGUGUCAAUACUGAAUAAGUAUUCAGAAGCCAUCAGGGGAAACUUGACCAAGAUCAUGCGGCUUAAAAUUGUGGCUCUGGUGACAAUAGAGAUUCAUGCUCGGGAUGUGUUGGAGAAGCUUUACAAGAGUGGCCUCAUGGAUGUCAAUUCCUUUGACUGGCUCAGCCAGCUUCGGUUCUACUGGGAGAAGGACCUGGAUGACUGUGUGAUCCGCCAGACCAACACGCAGUUCCAGUAUGGCUACGAGUACCUGGGAAACUCUGGCCGGCUGGUCAUCACCCCUCUGACAGACAGGUGUUACAUGACACUGACCACAGCUUUGCACCUGCAUCGAGGGGGCUCCCCCAAAGGCCCAGCAGGCACCGGGAAGACAGAGACUGUCAAGGACUUGGGCAAGGCCCUGGGCAUUUAUGUCAUUGUGGUCAACUGCUCUGAAGGCCUGGACUAUAAAUCCAUGGGCCGAAUGUACUCAGGCUUGGCCCAGACAGGAGCCUGGGGCUGCUUUGAUGAAUUUAACCGUAUCAAUAUCGAGGUGCUGUCAGUGGUCGCCCAGCAGAUCCUGUCCAUCCUCUCUGCCUUGGCUGCCAGCCUCACCCGCUUCUAUUUUGAGGGCUUUGAAAUAAAUCUGGUGUGGUCCUGUGGGAUCUUCAUUACCAUGAAUCCUGGCUAUGCUGGCCGCACAGAGCUUCCUGAAAAUCUUAAAUCCAUGUUCCGUCCCAUUGCCAUGGUGGUGCCUGAUUCUACCCUUAUUGCAGAAAUCAUUCUCUUUGGGGAGGGCUUUGGCAACUGCAAGAUCCUUGCCAAGAAAGUAUAUACACUCUACUCACUGGCUGUGCAGCAGCUCUCCAAGCAGGACCAUUAUGACUUCGGCCUCCGCGCCCUCACCUCCCUCGUGCGCUACGCUGGCAAGAAGCGCCGCCUCCAGCCGGAUCUGAGCGAUGAAGAGGUUCUGCUGCUCUCAAUGAGAGAUAUGAAUAUUCCUAAGCUAACAUCAGUUGAUGUGCCACUGUUCAACGCCAUUGUGCAAGAUCUUUUCCCCAGCAUUGAGCUGCCCGUCAUUGACUAUGGCAAGCUACAGGAGACUGUUGAGCAGGAGAUUCGAGAGAGAGGCUUGCAGUGCACACCAUUCACCCUCACCAAGGUUUUCCAGUUGUAUGAGACCAAGAACUCUCGCCACUCUACCAUGAUCGUGGGCAGCACAGGCAGCGGCAAGACGACCUCCUGGCGCAUCCUGCAGGCCUCCUCGUCCUCCCUGUGCCGCGCGGGGGAGCCCAACUUCAACAUUGUUAGGGAAUUCCCGUUGAACCCUAAGGCACUGUCCCUAGGGGAGCUAUACGGGGAAUAUGACCUCAACACUAAUGAAUGGACAGAUGGCAUUUUGUCCAGCAUCAUGCGAGUGGCAUGUGCAGAUGAGAAACCCGAUGAGAAAUGGAUCCUUUUUGAUGGCCCCGUGGACACACUGUGGAUUGAAAGCAUGAAUUCUGUCAUGGACGACAACAAAGUGCUGACCCUGAUCAAUGGAGAGCGCAUCUCGAUGCCUGAGCAGGUGUCUCUCCUGUUUGAAGUGGAGAACCUGGCAGUGGCCUCUCCAGCCACUGUCUCGCGCUGCGGGAUGGUCUACACGGACUAUGUUGACCUGGGGUGGAAGCCCUAUGUUCAGUCCUGGCUAGAGAAGAGGCCAAAGGGUGAGGUAGAGCCCCUCCAACGCAUGUUUGAAAAGCUCAUCAGCAAGAUCUUGGCCUUUAAGAAAGACAACUGCAACGAGCUGGUGCCCCUCCCUGAAUACAGCGGCAUCAUGUCCCUCUGCAAGCUGUACUCGGCCCUAGCCACGCCGGAGAAUGGGUUCAUGCAGAUCCUAUUGUCAAGAGAUCCCACUCGCAAGCCCGUAGCUGCUUCCCGUGGAUGGCCAGGGGUGGUGGGAAGGGUGCUGAGAUUGCUGCUGCGCAGCUGUUCUCCCCAGGGAGGCUCCUUGCACCCUCCCAGAACAGAUCUUCCUUGUGCCCCUGGACAGAGGUUGAGAGCGCGAGCUCCAAAUACGCUGUGCCCACUAUUAAAACAGGUGAACCCAGCUGAUGGUGAAAACUAUACAACUAUGGUAGAGAUGACAUUUGUGUUCAGCAUGAUCUGGUCUGUGUGCGCCUCUGUGGAUGAGGAUGGCCGCAAGAAGAUUGACAGUUACCUGCGUGAAAUCGAGGGUUCCUUUCCCAAUAAGGACACAGUGUAUGAAUAUUUUGUGGAUCCCAAGAUGCGGAGUUGGACAUCAUUUGAGGAGAAGCUCUCUAAGAGUUGGCGUUAUGCUCCAAACACCCCCUUCUAUAAGAUCAUGGUGCCCACUGUGGACACUGUGCGCUACAAAUACCUGGUGAACACCUUGGUGGCCAGCCACAACCCCGUCCUGCUGGUGGGCCCUGUGGGGACUGGAAAGACCUCCAUAGCACAGAGUGUUCUGCAGUCCUUGCCCUCCAGCCAGUGGUCGGUGCUCACUGUCAACAUGUCCGCACAGACCACAUCCAACAAUGUACAGAGCAUCAUAGAGAGCAGGGUGGAGAAGCGAACCAAGGGCGUCUACGUGCCCUUUGGAGGCAAAAGCAUGAUCACCUUUAUGGAUGAGCUAAAUAUGCCCGCUAAGGACAUGUUUGGAUCCCAGCCACCCCUGGAGCUGAUCCGCCUCUGGAUUGACUAUGGCUUCUGGUAUGAUCGUACGAAGCAGACCAUCAAGUACAUUCGAGACAUGUUCCUGAUGGCUGCCAUGGGUCCUGCUGGGGGCGGACGGACUGUCAUCUCCCCGAGGCUACAGAGUCGCUUCAACCUCAUCAACAUGACCUUCCCCACAGAGUCCCAGAUCAUUCGCAUAUUUGGUGCCAUGAUCAAUCAGAAGCUUCAGGACUUUGAAGAAGAGGUGAAGCCUAUUGGGAACGUGGUGACAGAGGCCACCUUGGAUGUGUAUAAUACAGUGGUGCAGCGCUUCCUGCCUACACCUGCCAAGAUCCAUUACCUCUUCAACCUUCGUGACAUCUCCAAGGUCUUCCAGGGCAUGCUCAGAGCCAAUAAGGACUUCCAUGAUACCAAGGCCAGCAUCACCCGACUCUGGAUCCACGAGUGCUUCAGAGUCUUCUCUGACCGACUGGUGGAUGCAACAGACAUGGAAGCCUUUGUGGGCAUCAUAAGCGAUAAACUUGGCUCCUUCUUCGACCUCACAUUUCAUAACCUCUGUCCAAACAAACGUCCUCCUAUCUUCGGGGACUUCCUGAAGGAGCCCAAGGUUUAUGAGGACCUGACAGAUCUGACGGUACUGAAGACAGCCAUAGAGACGGCCCUAAAUGAGUACAACCUGUCUCCCUCUGUGGUGCCAAUGAAGCUGGUGCUCUUCCGAGAGGCCAUUGAACACAUCACACGGAUCGUUCGGGUGAUCGGACAGCCACGGGGCAACAUGCUCUUGGUGGGCAUUGGGGGCAGUGGACGCCAGAGCCUGGCCCGCCUGGCCUCAUCCAUCUGCGAGUACGACACCUUCCAGAUCGAGGUCACCAAACACUAUCGGAAGCAGGAGUUUCGAGACGAUAUCAAGCGUCUCUAUCGCCAGGCUGGCGUAGAGCUCAAGACCACGUCCUUCCUUUUCGUGGACACCCAGAUCGCUGACGAAUCCUUCCUAGAGGAUAUCAACAACAUCCUCAGCUCAGGCGAGGUCCCUAAUCUCUAUAAGGCUGAGGAAUUUGAAGAGAUCCAGACGCUCAUCAUAGAGCAGGCCCGGGCUGAGCAGGUGCCUGAAUCCUCAGACAGCCUCUUCACCUACCUGAUUGAGCGCGUGCGGAACAACCUGCACAUCGUGCUCUGCCUCAGCCCUGUGGGGGACCCCUUCAGGAACUGGAUCCGCCAGUACCCAGCCUUGGUGAACUGCACAACCAUCAACUGGUUCUCAGAGUGGCCCCGUGAGGCCCUGCUGGAAGUGGCUGAGAAGUACCUCGUGGGCGUGGACCUGGGGACUCAGGAGAAUAUCCACAAGAAAGUGGCCCAGAUCUUUGUCACCAUGCACUGGUCAGUGGCUCAGUAUUCCCAGAAGAUGCUGCUGGAGCUUCGAAGAUACAACUACGUCACACCGACCAACUACCUGGAACUCGUGUCUGGAUAUAAGAAGCUGCUGGGAGAAAAACGGCAGGAACUGCUGGACCAAGCCAAUAAGCUGCGGACAGGAUUGUUUAAAAUUGAUGAAACGAGGGAAAAGGUGGAAGUGAUGUCCUUGGAGCUGGAGGAUGCCAAGAAAAAGGUGGCUGAGUUUCAGAAACAGUGCGAGGAGUACCUGGUCAUCAUCGUGCAGCAGAAGCGGGAAGCAGAUGAACAGCAGAAGGCAGUAACAGCCAACAGCGAGAAGAUUGCCAUUGAGGAAGUCAAGUGUCAGGCCCUGGCUGACAAUGCCCAAAAGGAUCUAGAAGAGGCUUUGCCUGCUCUGGAAGAGGCCAUGCGGGCCCUGGAGUCACUGAACAAGAAGGAUAUUGGUGAGAUCAAGUCUUACGGACGGCCCCCUGCCCAGGUGGAGAUGGUGAUGCAGGCAGUCAUGAUUCUUCGGGGCAAUGAGCCCACGUGGGCAGAGGCCAAGCGGCAGCUCGGGGAACAGAACUUCAUCAAGUCCCUAAUCCACUUUGAUAAAGAUAACAUCUCGGAUAAGGUGCUGAAGAAGAUCGGGGCCUACUGUGCCCAGCCUGACUUCCAGCCUGAUAUCAUAGGCCGUGUCUCCCUAGCUGCCAAGUCCCUCUGCAUGUGGGUGCGGGCCAUGGAGCUCUAUGGGCGCCUGUAUCGGGUGGUGGAGCCCAAGCGCAUUCGAAUGAAUGCUGCCCUGGCCCAGCUUCAGGAGAAGCAAGCAGCCCUUGCUGAGGCCCAGGAAAAGCUGCGGGAGGUGGCGGAAAAACUGGAGAUGCUGAAGAAGCAGUAUGAUGAGAAGCUAGCGCAAAAGGAGGAGCUCCGCAAGAAGUCUGAAGAGAUGCAGAUUAAGCUGGAGCGUGCCGGGAUGCUGGUUUCGGGCUUGGCUGGGGAGAAGGCCCGAUGGGAGGAGACCGUGAAGGGCCUGGAGGAGGAUCUUGGCUACCUGGUGGGGGACUGUCUCCUGGCAGCUGCCUUCCUGUCCUACAUGGGACCCUUCCUGACCAACUACCGGGAUGAGAUUGUCAACCAAAUCUGGAUCAGGAAGAUCCGGGAGCUUCAGGUUCCUUGCUCACCUCGCUUCGCCAUUGAUAACUUCCUGUCCAACCCUACCAAAGUCCGGGACUGGAACAUCCAGGGGCUGCCGUCCGAUGCCUUUUCUACUGAGAACGGCAUCAUCGUCACCCGUGGCAACAGGUGGGCCCUCAUGAUUGACCCUCAGGCCCAGGCCCAGAGAUGGAUCAAGAACAUGGAAGGAAACCAGGGCCUGAAGAUCAUUGACCUGCAGAUGAGUGAUUACCUUCGCGUCCUAGAACAGGCCAUCCAGUUUGGAAACCCGGUGCUGCUCCAGAACGUGCAGGAAUAUCUGGACCCCACGCUCAACCCCGUGCUCAACAAAUCUGUAGCUCAAAUUGGUGGCCAGAUGCUGAUGCGCAUUGCAGACAAGGAGGUGGAGUAUAACCCCAACUUCCGUUUCUACAUCACCACGAAGCUCUCCAAUCCCCACUACAGCCCGGAGACCUCAGCCAAGACCACCAUUGUAAACUUUGCGGUCAAAGAACAGGGCCUGGAAGCCCAACUGCUAGGCAUUGUGGUGCGGAAGGAACGGCCUGAGCUGGAGGAACAGAAAGAUUCGCUGGUCAUCAACAUUGCUGCGGGCAAGAGGAAGCUCAAGGAGCUGGAGGAUGAGAUCCUCCGGCUGCUGAAUGAGGCCACCGGCUCCCUGCUAGACGACGUCCAGCUGGUAAACACCCUGCAGACCUCCAAGGUAACUGCCAGCGAGGUGACUGAGCAGCUGGAGACCAGUGAGACCACGGAGAUCAACAUUGACAUGGCCCGAGAGGCAUACCGCCCCUGUGCACAGCGGGCCUCCGUGCUGUUCUUCGUGCUCAACGACAUGGGCUGCAUCGACCCUAUGUACCAGUUCUCACUGGAUGCCUACAUCAGCCUAUUCAUCCUCAGCAUUGACAAGAGCCAUCGCAGCAACAAGCUGGAGGAUCGCAUUGACUACCUGAAUGACUACCACACCUACGCUGUCUACAGGUACACCUGCCGCACCCUUUUUGAACGCCACAAAUUGCUCUUCAGUUUUCACAUGUGCGCCAAGAUCCUGGAGACCUCUGGCAAGCUCAACAUGGACGAGUACAACUUCUUUCUGCGUGGGGGUGUGGUCCUAGAUCGGGAGGGUCAGAUGGACAACCCGUGCACUAGCUGGCUUGCAGAUGCCUACUGGGAUAACAUCACAGAGCUGGACAAACUGACCAACUUCCACGGACUCAUGAACUCCUUCGAGCAGUACCCCCGGGACUGGCACCUGUGGUACACCAACGCCACUCCGGAGAAGGCCAUGUUGCCAGGUGAGUGGGAAAACGCCUGCAAUGAAAUGCAGCGGAUGCUGAUCGUUCGCUCCCUGCGCCAGGACCGGGUGGCAUUCUGUGUCACCUCUUUCAUCGUCUCCAACCUUGGCUCCCGCUUCAUUGAGCCGCCCGUGCUGAACAUGAAGCUGGUGAUGGAGGACUCAACGCCACGAACCCCGCUCGUAUUCAUCCUGUCCCCAGGAGUGGACCCCACCAGUGCCCUGCUCCAGCUGGCAGAGCACACGGGCAUGGCCCAGCGCUUCCACGCCCUCUCCCUGGGCCAGGGCCAGGCCCCCAUUGCCGCUCGGCUCCUCAGAGACGGUGUUAGCAAGGGGCACUGGGUGUUCCUGGCAAACUGCCACUUGUCCCUAUCUUGGAUGCCCAACCUGGACAAGUUGGUGGAGCAGCUGCAGGUGGAGGACCCUCACCCUGCCUUCCGUCUCUGGCUCAGCUCCAGCCCCCACCCAGACUUCCCUAUCUCAAUCCUGCAGGCCAGCAUCAAGAUGACCACCGAGCCCCCGAAGGGUCUAAAGGCCAACAUGACACGUCUUUACCAACUGAUGACAGAGCCACAGUUUACCCGCUGCUCCAAACCUGCCAAAUAUAAGAAGCUGCUGUUUGCACUCUGUUUCUUUCACUCUAUAUUAUUGGAACGCAAAAAGUUCCUGCAGCUUGGCUGGAACAUUAUCUAUGGCUUCAAUGACUCUGACUUUGAGGUGUCUGAGAACCUGCUGAGCCUCUAUCUGGAUGAGUACGAGGAGACAGCCUGGGAUGCACUCAAGUACCUCAUUGCCGGCGUCAACUACGGUGGACACGUCACUGACGACUGGGACAGGCGCCUGCUCACCACCUACAUCAAUGACUAUUUCUGUGACCAGGCUCUAUCAACUCCUUCCUACCGGUUGUCAGCACUGGAGACCUACUUCAUCCCCAAGGAUGGAAGCCUGUCCUCUUACAAGGAGUACAUCAGUUUGUUGCCCGGCAUGGACCCCCCUGAGGCCUUCGGCCAACACCCCAAUGCCGAUGUGGCCUCCCAGAUAACUGAGGCACGAACUCUGUUUGAGACCCUGCUUUCCCUGCAGCCUCAGAUCACACCCACCAGCGCUGGCGGCCAGAGCCGGGAAGAGAAGGUUCUUGAGCUGGCUGCUGAUGUGAAGCAGAAGAUCCCCGAGAUGAUUGACUAUGAGGGAACCCGAAAACUGCUGGCUCUCGAUCCCUCCCCGCUCAAUGUGGUCCUUCUGCAGGAGAUCCAGAGAUACAACAAGCUGAUGGAGACCAUCCUGUUGUCAUUGACAGACCUUGAGAAGGGCAUCCAGGGCCUCAUUGUCAUGUCGACCAGCCUGGAAGAGAUUUUCAACUGCAUCUUUGAUGCCCAUGUUCCUCCACUCUGGGGAAAGGCAUAUCCCUCACAAAAGCCACUGGCUUCAUGGACCCGGGACCUGGCCAUGCGUGUGGAGCAGUUUGAGCUGUGGGCCAGUCGUGCCCGGCCUCCUGUGAUUUUCUGGCUGUCUGGCUUCACCUUUCCCACAGGCUUCCUCACUGCAGUGUUGCAGUCUUCAGCUCGCCAAAACAAUAUUUCAGUGGACAGCCUCUCUUGGGAGUUUAUCGUUUCCACUGUGGAUGACAGCAACCUAGUGUAUCCACCAAAGGAUGGUGUCUGGGUUCGGGGCCUUUACCUGGAGGGUGCUGGCUGGGACCGGAAGAACUCCUGCUUGGUGGAGGCAGAGCCCAUGCAGCUGGUCUGUCUCAUGCCCACCAUCCACUUUCGUCCUGCAGAGAGCCGCAAGAAGAGUGCCAAGGGCAUGUACUCUUGUCCCUGCUAUUACUAUCCCAACCGGGCAGGCAGCACGGACCGGGCCUCCUUUGUCAUCGGCAUUGACCUCCGGUCUGGGGCCAUGACAUCUGAUCACUGGAUCAAGAGGGGUACUGCUCUACUUAUGAGCCUGGACAGCUGAGGAGAUCUCCUCUUCUCCCUUGCUUGAGAGAGAGGCAAGGACUCUGGGAACUAAGGCUGAUAAUGCAUCUUGGACUGAGGCUGGAUUUCAUUUAGGCUUUGACUUGGCUGAACUGUCCGAGGGGCCCUGGAGAUCCCAGUGGUCUAGCCAUAAUGUUGCAAGAGUUGUAUUAGAGCUCAGUGCAGUAAAAACUCCCGUGACCACAA